ACUGUACCCACCUAGGCGUAAUAUUUUAUAGAGGGCAGUAAUUAAUAAAAAAAAAAUUCAAGAUGGAGUUCUCCAUGCGAAGUUUCGCUACAUUUUGCUUGCAUUUUUUUGUAUUUUUGCAAUGUGUAAAUAGUAAAAAACCUCUAAUUGAUGAUUCUAUUGUUGGUGGUUUAAGUUUACCAAUUGAACACAGUUUUGAGUCAGGACCAGAUGCAGUAUUUCACAUGAGAGCCAGUAUCCAUUUCCGUUCCCCACUUAAGAUGGGACCAGGAACAAUAAUACAUACGAUCCCACUUACAUCAGCAGAGCAAAGCAAACUUAAAAGCUUGGCCAAAAAAGGUGGUUUUUAUAGAGUGCGAGUACCAACUCAAUUAACAGAAUCAUUUGAUGUUGACGACUUUUCUGAGGCUGAAGAUUAUGUAUAUACUUUUACAAAAGCAUGUUCAUUAGUGGAGUCGCACCUCAGGGAUGACAUCACAAUACACGCUGACCAAUCAGGGAAUGUUUUAAGUGUAAUACUGAGUCCAGCACAAGGAACCUGCCACGGACUGCCAGUCACCAGUGACGCUCUUGCUAGCUUCAACUCUACUGUAUCAUUAACUAUUACAGUACCAGGACCUUUGCCAGAUACACAAGCCUAUAUACAGAAACUAGAAGAUGAGAAGCAACAAAAGGCUAAAGGCGCUGGUGCGGAUAACAGGUCAUUUUUUGCUAAAUAUUGGAUGUACAUCGUACCAAUUGUUUUAUUUGCUAUGCUUUCCGGAGGAGGGGAACAAGGAAGGGCCUAAGAUCACCAUGAAAACACAAUGUUCAUUCCAUUGAAACUGGUACAAAACUGACUAAGCUGUUGAGGUGCCCUGUGCCCCCACAACAUUGUACCAGGCCACAAAGCAAAAUCAAAAAUGACGAGAUGCUCAUAUGAAGGCAAAAUGACAAGCGAUACCUGACUGUUCUGUGGCGAAACAACGCAACUUGAAAUUUACACUUUUCAAGAAAAAUAGAGUUAAAGUUUGCAUGUUUGCAACUUGGCAAUAAAUUUUCGUACUAUUCUGGUAUUUUGCAGGACUAUAUAUAUAGACAAUAUGAUUAUGUAAAAAUUUAAUUACAACCAUUGGUUUAUUGACGAUAUUCAAAGAUACCUUGUUUUCACUUGGAAACAUGUCAGGCAUGGUAUUGUCGCAACUGCAACCUAUUUUUGAAUUUAUCGCAUCUGGGGCAAUCAUGCAUUAUCUGUUUGUGCAUAUAUGUCGUCAUUAAGAUUAUUAAUAUGAAAACACCAGCAACCAGUUGAUUUUGCUGUGCCAACCGAGGCAAAACAACGUAUUUUCAUCGUAGAUACGUUGGUUUGCCUAGUAAUCUUGCAGUUACGUUGUUUUACCAUGGAAAAUCACUGGAUUUGUGCUUAAAGAAAUGAAAGAAAUGACUUGCUGUGGAGACCUGAAAUUUACACAAGUAAAUCAGAAGUGUUUAAUAUACUCCCAAAUGAUAUCUCAAAAUUGACAUUAGUUGUUUUGCCUCAGGCAUCCGAGAUGCUCACAUGAAGGCAAAACGACAAGCAAUACAACAUUUUGCUAUUUAAAAAUGUUCUAAUAUUUGUCAUGUUGCUCUUCAAUGUUUUUCUGACUUAUAAAUUACACUGUCAUUCAUUAAAUAAUGAAAACACUAAUAAAAGCAAUUAAACCAUUGUGUAGCUCAUUUUAAAUUAUUAAAUGAGCAAUAAUAAAUAGAUUAACACAAAUUGUCAAUUUCUGGAGUGACUUUCAUACUAUUUGUACUUAAACUCAGUGCACAUCCGAAUGGUUAAUCUACCCUUUCUAUAAAUGGAACAGUCCCGCAUCUUUUUAUCCAAUCAAAAGAUUGUAUUAGGUUGAAGUCCUAUCGUUUUCUAGACCCCGUGCAAUUGGCAAAAAAAAUUGAAAGAAAAUGCACGGAUGGAAAUAAAUUUCCAUGAGUGACGAAAUCGGGUAAUUAACUGAUGUCACUUGAUACAAAAUCCACCAAUCAAAUGACAGGGAUCUAUAAUAGGUUUGUUAUAAAACAAAAUUAUUUUUGUUUAUUUAUAUGUCUGUUGAUGCACAUUGGUGGAUAAAGUGUUUGGUACGAAUGCAGGGUCCUGGGUUCAACUCCUAGAAUGCCACAUGGCCAUGCCCUAAAUCCAGUAGUAAAAAUUUUGUUAUUGAGCUUCAUGUCGUUUGAAAAGUGUACUUGAAGUAUAAAAUGCAAAAAGUUGCUAUGAAAAUAUUUGUAGUGUUUAGAUCAAGUGAAAAUAAUUUUCAUUACAGUACUUUAUUAUUAUUACUGUAUCAUUAUUAUUGUGAAUAGUAAAAUUUAAAAAAAAAUGUAAACUAUGUUGUGAUGCAUUUAUUUAUCAAGUUUUAAAAAGGGUGUAAUGAGUUCUUUUUAGUUCAUUGAUGUGGAAGUUUUGUAAAUAAAUUAUUGGUGAUCAUGCCUCGCAUUUUGUUAACUGUUGAUAUCAGAUUUGACAUAGUAAAUUUCAAUCAUAGAAUUAUUAUCUUAAGAGAACAACUAAAUAGAGUGCAUACAAAAAAAAUUCAACGGUACUACAGACUGAAUUCAUUCAAUUAAUAUAUAAUGCUGCCACCCAAAAAUUAAAGAAAAACUAGCCCAUUCUCAUUAAAAAAGACAAUAAGAAUGGGCUAGUAGUUUUGAAUAGCAUGUUAAUUUGCAAGACAUGUUUUUUCUCAUUCUUCUUUUCAAAUGAAUAUCUAUUAAUGAAAGCAAUUUUUUUUUUUUUUUUUUUUUAGUUUAUAGUAGAUUUAGGCAGGAGUGUUGUAGAUAACAAAUAUGUUUUUUAGGUCAGGGGACACCAAACCAGUUUGCCCGCAAUGUAUGUAACACCUUGAAAAUCGGGAAAUAAAUGUAUUGCGUUUGUCGUAGUAUUAA